AUGCGCUUUUCAUGCGUCGCGGCUGCUGUCUGCGUGGCGUACUUGCUGCAGGCACAGGCAAAGCAGUCAAACUAUGACACCGCCGCAGCCAUCCUACAGAAUCUCAACGCAAAGCUUGGCGCAGCUGUCAUGGCAACAGUCCCAACCCCCGCGCACUAUGCCCAGGUCCUGGAAGCAGCCGAUGAAGCCUUAAGCACUGCUUCGAAAAUGCUUGACGAGGCGGUAACAAAGCUGGACACCAUCACGGUUCAGAUUCCCAGUCUCCCGAAUCUCAUGGAGACGGCCCACAACGUUCAAGACCAGAACCAGGCUCAGCGGCUUCAAAUACGGAUGGGUGGGCUCAUGGGAGAUCUCUGCGAAAAGGUGUCGGAUGGUAAGAUCGGAGAGCAGCUGGCCACGUCAACGACCAUGUCUAUCCAGCACCUGAUGGACAGCCUUACCACAUCCUUUGUGGAGAACAACCAAAGGCCAGAGUCAGCAAUGUUGGCACCCUUCUUCGUCCAGUUCAAGGCUGCCGUGGAAAGGGGUACAGACAUUGCAGCCAAGGCCAAGGCUAUCCAACCCUUAGCGGGCGUGUGUUCCAAUCCUCUUGCAGUCCCGAAGCCACCUGCAGAGGAGGCACCCUACGCAGACGUCCUGGAAAAGUACUCCCAGCCAGCCCUGCCAUCCAAGCAAACCGAGACGGGCUUCCACUUCCCCUCUGCGCUGCUCCUUGCUGGUGAGUAA